CACAUUGGGCUCGCUGGGUAGGCAAGUUUUUUUAGUAAGUAUAAUGGUAUAUGUAAGUUUCGCUAAAUAUGUUUAAAUUUUUUGUUAGAGCUAGAAAGCGUAUUUAGCUCGCUCGGCUGAUCGAGAUUGUUGGAGUCGAUGCAGAUGAGGCGAGUCAGUUUGCCAAAACGCGUCGAAAUAAUUGAUAGUUUGCCAUUUGAAAUGUUGCCUCCUUGCUAUAAUUACUACUAUGACAAUGGAUUAUGGAAUCCAUAAAAUAUGGUUCCGAUGACAAUUUUAUAAUAUGUUUUUUUAUAAUGAUAAAUAUCAGAUUCUGACAAACGCGGCUAAAGUAGCCGCUAACCGCGUCUUGCGAUGCGGAAUUAUACGGCAAGGUUAUCGUACUCCGUAUAAAUUCAGAUCCCAAAAUGAUUUAAUGCUAAAUCGCGUCCUCAAAAACCUCUCGUUCCGAAAGCGCACACAACAACAGAAAACACGCGCGACGGCCAGGUAGAGACAGAUCCAUUUCUCACCUUGCCCCACCUCCCUCGCCGAUCGGGGUCCCCCGCGCCCAGAUCGCUUCUUCGCUUCGGUGCGGAGGUGGCCGAGGGGGAGGAGGAGCUCCCGGAUCCGCCCCGCCGUCGUCGGCUGGUCGUGGCGCGAUCCGCGGGAGAGCAGCAAUGACGGCGGAGGGGACGGCGUGCAACGGCGCCGGCGAGGCGCUGAAGGCGGAAUUCGCGCCGGAGAAGGUGGUGGCCGUGUCCCUGGAGGAGAAGCCGGUCGGGGAGCGCGAGGGCGAGGACGUCGGCGGGCCGUUCUUGAUCGUGAACGGCGGCGAUUCCGACGGGCACUCCGAGCCUGGCUCAGAUCUGGGCAAGGCGCCCGACGAGGACCCUGCAUCCGAGGAGGACGACGUGCCCACCUUCAAUGCAGCUCCGGACGCGGCCGUGGCCGGAGAUCACGGGACCGCCGAAGGGCAAGUUGGUGCUCAGGGUGCGGCACUCGGUGCUUCGUCGGCGGACGGGGGUGAUCGUGCUUCCGACGGGUCUGAGGGUAGCGCGGAUGAGAGCAGAGGUGACCCAAGUUCCGAUUGUGUUGCCGAAGUGGCGCAGCAGGAGGCUGUUGGUGAAGAGGACAGUGGGGCAGCUGCUCUGGCGUCCCGUGAAUGCGAACCUACCAUCACCAGUGCUGACUCUGAGGCACACUAUGUGGAUUCUGAGGUUGAAGACAAGGAGGGCACAGUGGAUGGUAGUGCUGUUGUUGAUGCCGUUGAAGCGGUGGUGCAUCAGGAAGCUAGUACAGAGCAGGAUGAAGAUGCUGCUGUGAUGUCCUCUGGCCAUGAUGAUGCCCUAACGUCUCCCAAGUCUUGUUCUGCUGCCGUGGAGUCCGAGGUUAUUAGAGAGGAUAGCAAAGAACAGAGUAUCACUGAUGGUGUGGAGCCACAGCAGCAGGGUACAGUUGGGGCAAGUACUUUGGUGGAGAAUGAGCAUCUUUGUGCCGACAUGAUGGCUGAUUCAUUUGUAGCUGCCAAUGAGCCUGACAGUCAAGAGGAUGCUGCUGUGAUGUCCUCUGGCCAUGAUGAUGCCCUAACGUCUCCCAAGUCUUGUUCUGCUGCCGUGGAGUCCGAGGUUAUUAGAGAGGAUAGCAAAGAACAGAGUAUCACUGAUGGUGUGGAGCCACAGCAGCAGGGUACAGUUGGGGCAAGUGCUUUGGUGGAGAAUGAGCAUCUUUGUGUCGACAUGGCGGCUGAUUCAUUUGUAGCUGCUACUGAGCCUGACAGUCAAGAGGAUGCUGCUGUGGAGUCCUGCGGGCACGAUGAUCUGCUAACUUUUACUGAGUCUGGUUCUGCUGACAUUGAGUCUGAGGUUUAUGGAGAGGAUAGCGAACAAAAAGAGAGCAACACUGUUGUUGUGGAGAUCGUGGUGCAGGGCGUAGGUAGGGCAGAUGUGCUGAUGGCAAAUGGGCAUCUUUGUGCCGACACCCAAGCUGGUUCUUCUGAAGCUACUACUGAGCCUGAGAAUCAUGCUAAUGGCAGCAAACUGACUGAUGUUGCAGAAUCAGUGGAGGGGGAUGCCGGCAGUGGAGAACAGGAUACAAUGGAUUCGUCGCAAACCAAUGGGCAUAUUUAUGUUGCCUUGAGUGCUGAUUCUUGUAUAGUUCCUUCUGAGUCCAAGGCCCAUUCCUUUGAGACAGAUGGGCAACGAACUGAUCAGCUACAAGAGGAAGCUCCAAAACUUGAAGCUGAAGUAUUGGAGGGAGUGCUAAAACCAACUGAAAGGAACUGUGCAGGUAGUGUUGAGAAACUCAUAGGAGAGGAAGUUGGCACAGAUGGGCAUGCAAGCAUAGGAGGUACAGCUGAUGCUUAUGGGGAGCAAGAAGCCAAGCCUAUGCAGGUAGAAGGUGAAGUCACUUGCGGUAUUCUCGAAUUUGAAAAAGUGGAUAAGGAUGGUGAAGAGGGUUUGUGUGAUGACUACACGGUUGGUGUUGUUUCUUCUAAUGAGGAAACAGAGCUUCCUAUGAAGGAAAAAGUAGAUGAAGCUGUCCCCAGUGUUAAUGUUGGUGGGCCAGAGAAAGUAACUGACAAUACAAGCCAAGAUACCAAGACAGUUGAUUUUAUUGAUGAAAUCACAGCAGAGUCAAACUUUAAAGCUGAAAAUAUGGUUGAAGUGAAAAGUGCAGCUCGUGAAGUUGACAAAACAGAGGUAAAAGAUCUUGCUUUUGCUGAUGAGGCUAAUGUAGCUCCUUUACACCUUCAACGUGACUGUGAAUCUGUUAUGGAAACUAUAGAGCAUGAGAAGGUAGAAUUACCAGGUGGUUGUCAAGCUCAUGAAAUUGUGUAUUCUUCAGAACUAGAACCGAAGAAAGAGUUUGAGAUGGGGGUUGAUGGUGCUGUUCCAUUGCAAGGAGCUGCAGCUUCUGUUGCCUCUGUUUUCCACCAUGAGCCAAUGUCCAUUGAUUUGUCUGAGAAUGAUAGCGGUAACCAUUCUGGCCCAACUACUGCGUUGGAAUCCUGUGACCAUGUGCAAAAUGAAGAGAGCAUAUCCCAAGAAAUUUCCAUGACCACUAUUGAGCAACCUAUAGCUAUUGAUCAAGUUGAACCUGUCAACCUGAAUGUAGAUGAACUUGUGGUUGAUGAUGAUCAACCUGGUUUUGCUCCAAGGUGUGAAUCUGCUAGGCUGGAUAAACCUGGAUGUACUUCCAAAAAGGAUGAUUCAAAUGAGAUUGUUGAAGAUAGCAAAUCACUGGAAAAUCAGUUAGAAAUUUGCAAUGCAGCUACUAUGUCUGAUGAGUGUUCCUCCAGAAAUGCAAAUGAAGAUCCCUCUCCAAUUAAUAUGUCUGCUGAGUGUUCCUCCAGAACUGCAAAUGAAGGUUUCUCUCCAAUUAAUGAGGCUUCUCAUCUAGCUGAGGAGUCUUGCCUUUCAGACAAGUCAUACAAUGCUAUCAGUUAUGAAAAUGGAAAUGGGCCUGCUAAAUCUUCUGAGGAGCCUGACAAGUCAUGCAAUGCUAUCAUUUGUGAAAAUGAAAAUGAGCCUGCUAAAUCUUCUGAUGUGGUUGAAACCAGAUGCGUGGAAGCAUUAGCGCCUUCAUCUGUUGGCACGGUUGUCACGGCAGAACAGAAGGACAAUGGACACCGUGCUUCUGGUGAGUGGCAUGGAGAUAAUGUGCAAGUCAUUGGACAACAACAGAAGAUCUACAUAAUUAAAGUUCCAAAGUUUGCCGGUGAUGAUCUCUGGAAUAAGAUCCAGGCUGCACAGGCUCACUUAGACCACCUGACCCAGGAAAGAGAUGCAAUUAACCGUCGUAGGCAAAAGCAAAAGGCUGUAUGUGAUCAAUACAGGGAGAAGCUUGAGGCAGCACGUAGAGAAGAGCGGGAAGCUAGGACUGCACAUGGAGAUAAGAAGAAUGAUUUAAAUAAUGUACGUUCGGUACUAGGGAAAUUGCACCAAGCAAAUUCAGCUGAAGAACUUGAUGAGCUGAUUGCGAAGAAAGAGAGGACUAUGCAACAUGAGACCAUUUCUUUGAAAGAAGAAAAACUUUUAAUUAAAGAGAUUAAUGAAUUAAAAGCCCAACGGAAGCAGCUAUCCACCACUAUGGGCUCAAAGGCUGAAAUCAAUGAGGCAUUUGACCAAAAAGAUCACAUUCAUGAAAGGCAUAAGGUGUUAAAGAAGGAUUCUGAUGUUUUAUUGACCAACCUGAAAUUCCUAGAGGAAAACACAAGAAAGAUUCAAAAGUCUUUCGAAGAUGAAAGAACAGGUCUCAGAAAAUUAACAGAGGAACACCGAGCAGCUAAUGAAAUACGUCAAAAGGCCUACAUUGAAUGGACUGAGCUUAGAUCAGAGCCCUCCAAGAAGAAUGAAUACUUCUUCAGGUACAGGGAUGACCGGAAUGCAGCAGAAAUUUUCAGAGCUAAUGGCGAUAUAAAUGGACUUAAAUCACACUGUAAUAGUCAGAUUGAGGGAGUCAUGGAAAUGUGGAACAAAAACGAGGAAUUCCGCAAGCAGUAUGUUGAGUCAAACAAGGUUAGCACACUAAAGAGAUUAGGGACCCAUGAUGGACGGAAACUUGGCCCUGAUGAGGACCCUCCAGUCAUAUCAAGCAGAAGACCAAGCAGCAUCUAUCCAUUGUCUGCCUCAAGCCCGGGAGUGGCCACUUUAGCUUCAAUACCAGCACCUGUGGUAGCUGCUCCAGCUGCAGUCUCUGCCAAAGAGGACUCAUUUCCUGUUUUGGAAGCCCCCCAGACCAGCAAGCGCACCAAGUCAAAAGCAUCUGAUAUCUGUGCCCAGACCGAGAACAACUCUGUUAUAGUAUCGGAGGCAGAGGCUUUGGAACAGACUUUGAAAGAGAAAGCUCGUCUAUUGGAGGAACAAUUGGAGUUAGCUAGGAAGGCAGAGGAGUUGGCACGGAAGGAGGAGGAAUUAAGCAAAGAGAGGGCUGCCGCUGAGAAGGAGCGGCUUAGGAUGGAGCAGAAGGCUAAGGCCAAGGAGGCCGAGGAGAGGAAGAGGCGGAAAGCCGAGAAGGACAAGGAGAAAGCCGAGUUCAAAGCGCGCAAGGAAGCUGAGGAGAGGGAGAAGAAGAAAGCCAAGAAAGACAAAAGGAGAGGCACGGCACCAGCAGAUUCUAGCCUCACUGGUGACGGGCACGCCGCGGCCUUGGCCACAGCAGACACUGACAGCAACGCAUCGGACAACCCGAGGGAAGCUGAGGCUCCUCAACCGGCGGCGGCUCCCAAGAGGCUGUCUAGGCCCGCAGCGGCAAUCAAGCAGCUGAACAGGGUGCAGCCCAUGCCGGCGCCGCUACGUAACAGGGGCAGAAGGAGACUGCGGCAGUACAUCCUGAUCGCGGCGGCCGUGCUAUCGGGGCUUGCGUUGUUCGUGGCAGGCAACUAUAUUCCCAGGCUCAAGUCGGUUCACUCCUAAGUUUAUCUGUAGGAAAGGGGUGCUAAUCUGUCGCGGUGAACCUGGGUGUGAUUCGUAUUAUUUCGAUUAUUCUCCGGUUGGUUUGUACUAUUUUUUUUUUACCUCAUAUAGGUUGGUUGUGAAAGAUGGGGGUGCAUUGUGUUAAAAGUUGUUUUACAGGAUGGUGGUGAAAUCUUCGUUAGAACAUGGAUAAUAAUUAGUACUAUAGAUUCUUUCUUGUAGUAGCCUUAGCGUAUAUGAUAUUUACUGGA